AAGAUACUUAGUUCUGGGAAUUCACACAAGAAGCUAGCAAGAAAAGGGAAUUCGUAGGAAGGAAUUCUUCCAGGCAUCGAUAAUGGGCUGUUGUUUCAGUAGUGACGAGUCGAAAGAUGAGAUGAAACCUCUUUUAGAUGAUAAAGAUGGGGAUGGGAAUGAAGAAACCAAACCUAAAAAAUCAUCAAAAUUAGAAUUCACAAAGCUUGAAGUUCGAGAAUUUGACAGCGUCUUCGAGGGUUACGCCUUGGUAUUGAACCCGUUUGUGAAGAACAGAGAAAAUCUUGAGCAAUCAGUAAAAAAAUUCAAAACGUCAGUGGAAUCGAUGCAAAAYGUCCGUCCGSAAGCUACGUUUCGCGAGUAUGUGAGAACGCUGAAAACAACGUUGAAAAACGAAGGCAUAUUCAUAAAGAUAAAAAAUGGAGCGGUUGAAGUUUACGGAGUUGGCUCCAGGUCUGUAAAAGCUGUACAAGAUGCAGUUGACGCGAUUAAAACUAUCAUAUCGACAUCAAAAGCGCUGGAAGACAUGCCUGAGACAGUGACAUCAGCCAGUGGUUCAGCCGUGACAGAGGCAGAGUCUAGUUGUGAAAAUCUUGAGCACAUAAUUCGYCGYGAGUUUUCUGGCGUUUUCGAUUGUUGCAAAAUCAUACGAUUCAAGAAAAAUCUGGGGAGCAACCUCAAAAAGCUGAAAUCAUCGCCAAAAAUGGUAACAGAUUUUUGCGAAGAAGUUCAAAGUAUUGUGGAGGACAUAAGCAAAGUUCUCGACGAAGACAGGGACGACGAUGACAACGAGAAUACAACGGGAGAAGAUGUAAAAAAAGUACAAGAGAGUACAACCAUCAAAGAAGCCAGUCAAACAGAGGCACAAGAAGGCAAGACUGGAAAGAAGGGAAAGGACGGAAAACAGAAGAAAAAAGAUGUCAAAGAAGAACCAAAAAAGAAUGAAGACAAGAAAGCAGACGCUAAAAAGAAUGACGAUAAGCAGAAAACUGAAUAUCAGAAGCAGUUGAAGAUGGAAACCGUGGGCUUGGCCGACAUCGACAAGAUAUUUACAGAUGUCACCACAACACUGAAUAGGCUCGUAACAAACAGAGAAAAACUCCAGCAAGCCAGAGAAUCUUUCGAGAAGAUAAUGAAGACAUUAUGUAACUUUGAUGGUGAAAAAGAGUUCAAAGAAUACAUUAAUGAACUCAAAAAGAAGGCGAAAGAGGGCAAAAUUCACAUCUACAUUGACACUACUGAUGGYGAGAUUAAACUAGACUCCGUCAAAGGUGUCGAUGCACCAGCACCAUAUAGAAAUGCUGUCAAAGCCCUGAAUGAUGUAAAGUCUGCUGGCAUAGCCACCAUCGACCUUGAACCCGACGUCGAGAAUGGCCUGGAGGCRUGUGGUAAGGACAUCGCCAACAUCGAACCCAUGAAAGAUUUUAAACAGAUGGUCAGCGGAACUAAGGAAUUGAUGAAGUUGCCCAAGAAGGUCAAAGCAUUCAACGAAAACAGAAAAAAAGUCCAAAAGGCACCACAAAUAGUGAARGAAUUCCUAGAAUGUGUGAAGAAAAUCAUUGAGGAUAUAAGCAAAGCGUUUAMUGAAGACGACACCGAGGAAAAAGACWCAAGCAACGAAAAGCAAAACGACGAGAAAGAUGAAGAAACCGUGAAAGAAAAAGAACAUGAARGWGAGKUUGSUACUGAAGAGGAGAAUGAUGACACUGAAAAGCAGGAAGACGAUACGGAAAAGCAGGAAGAUACUCCCGCUGUAGGAUUUCCACGGAAAUCUGGUGAAAUUGCUGAUGACACGGAAAACCAAAAUCUCGCAGUUCAAGGUUAAUCGUGUCGAAUAAAUAAUAACAUUUCAAAUCGCGAUAAACUACAUUAACUCUGAAAUAAUAACAUUGGCAUGAGAAUAUGAUCAAUAGACAAUGAAUAAACCCUUUUAGCGAUCUCUGUACUAGACUCAAAACCAUGUAAUACAUUCUUUUAUUCAGCAAUUUUGUGAGUUUAAAAGAUAAUGAAAAACAUUUGAAAUCUCAA